GGUCAGAAUUAUGUACAUGAAUAAGUGUGGAUCAAGAAAGCAGAAGCCCGGAGAGGUUAUCGAAGGAACUAUUUACCCGCACUGCGCGCGCAUGUAUAUAGAGCCGCCCGAUCGGAGACCUGUGUCCUGGCCUGAUCGGGCAUUUGUUCCUCUUUUCCCCAACGAAAUCUUUUGUGCCAAAGCUAGUCAUUAACAUCCCAGGCCUGGCCCCUAACAACCAUGCUCCAACAGCAAUUUGCUCAAAAGCAGUUCAAUGCCAUCUGGUACUCAACCUCAUCCAAAAACGCC